AUGGUUACAUAUCAAGGCUCAUCGGUCACUAUCAUAGACGAGAAAGAUUCAACUUCACCUAUUUAUGAAUUUGAAUCGUUUACAUCUAUUACGAAAGCAUUACAAUGGAAACAUGUGAGAGUCCGAGCGCCAAUUUGUUUAAGAAAAUUAUUAGGCAGCCGAUAUAUGCUUGCGAAUUUAGUCUAUUUAAUUUAUUCUAUAGGAAUUUUAAUUAUUAAUUUGCAUCCAAGUUUUAAUGAGAAACCAAUUGAUACAUCACAGGUUCUAUCGAAAAAUCUCGAUUCACCUGUCAAUAUCAAUCCGGAUGUCAAUGGAUAUUAUAUUGGACUUGGAGUUUUACAUUUACUAUCAGCUUCUCUCUAUUUGUGGGCAUGGCGUGAUCGAUCAUGGUUUGAUAUUGUCAUGAUACCUGAAUAUUUAAAUCAUAUUGAAGCUGGACUUUAUCUUUGGUCGGCUUUUUGGUAUUCUCGUCAAGAUAUUCUUGGUGGCUAUUAUACUUUAGCUGUACAUAAAAUUGAACUUGUAGCAACUAUCAUCGAAUUGAUUGCUUCAUUUGGAUGGAUCAUGUCUUGGUAUAUGACUUAUACUCGUACAUUAGGUCGUGGCUUUACUUUAGAUGAUCCUGAUACAAUAGCUUAUUUAACAACAACCAUAAGUUCACUGGUUUAUGUUGUAUAUAAUAUACAAAUCAAUCUAUAUCCUGAAGAAUAUGGAACAAAUAUGUUAUAUAAAUAUAGUGACGUACUGUAUUUUAUUGGUGCUUGGUAUUAUAUAUUUGCUGGCUUACGCGAUGAAAAUUGUUUUUGGUUUUUACCAUUAGCUGGACAGUAUGGCGUAGCAGCAGGUCGAAUUCGAGUAGAAACAAAAGAAUUACCAAAAUAUGGGAAAUCACCUAUUUUCAUUACAGAUUUAUGUAAACGAAGAAAACAUGCACAGUUCAAUAAUAGAAAUGAUUGGAACAUGAUUAAUUCUAUAGUAACAUGA